AUGGACAAGACUGCGAGGAACACGCGGAAAACGGCGCUCAUGCGGGCUAUCAAGGAGGCUGCAACCGGUGAGGUCGUCGCCACCAUCGACGAGCUGACAUCCGGCCUGCGGUCGUUGCUCGUCGCCGACUCGUCGACGGCACAGCUCGCCGGAGCACUACUGACUCCGGAUGUUUGCGCAGGCCUUGUCCAGGGAUACGCUUUCGAGCCAUGCGUCCGCGCCGUGAACCACGAUGUGAGUCGCGCAGCCAUCGCGCACGAGGUGAACACCACCGGGCGCAUCCCGAUCAAGAGGUUUGUGGACGAGGCGUGCGUCCGUCACCACCGCAUCAACCACAUCAGGGUCAAGCGCGAGAAGAUGAAACCGAAGUACGCUGGCAAGGACGACAUGACCAUCGAGGACGAGCUGGCACCAUCCGUUGAGGAUGUUCAAACUUCGAUUGCGGUCAUCAAGAGCAGCUUUGAAGGCAGUGCCCAGAUCUUGCGCGAUGCAACUACUGAUGGAAGUGAUCGACCUGCUUUGGUGCCGGAGAAGGAUCUGACCCAGUUUGAUGCUCAUUGGGAGAAUGUCCGCGUCGCACAGUGGCUGGAAGAGGUACUUGGUGGAGAGCCUGGUGUCGUCGCCUUGCAGUUCCCUGACCAUCUCGUGGCCCACGCUCCAUCGGUGGCGGCGAGGAUGGCUUCGCUGGUCGCCGACUCGGUGGAGAUCGUGGUCCUGGCGGAUUCGGCUUACUCGGGAUGCUGUGUGGACGAGGUGGCGGCUGAGCAUGCGCUGGCCAAGGCUCUGGUCCACUACGGCGAGGCCUGCCUCACCGCCACCCUCCGCCUUCCGGUCUGCUACGUCUUCUGUGCCCGCGAUGUGCCGGCCGAUGAGGUGGCUACUCUUGCCGAGGCCACGGCGGCUGCGGUGCCCGAUGGCGUGCGUUCGCUAGUGGUGGCGUACGAGUUGUCACUGGCGGCGCCCGCCGCGGCCAUCGCUGCGGCGCUGACGGCGGCGUCGCUCGCGUCAGAGGUAGUGUUCAUGGACGCGCGCGCGCCUACUGACGACGCCGCCGAUGUGGCCGAUGGUGACAGUGAGGGCGUGACGUACGCUAUGGGCGGCUUCUCGUUCACGCUGGCGCACAAGCUUGACGCCAGUGCCGACGCGGUGGUGUUUGUGGGCGCCGGUAAGGCGGCAGACUCCAAGCUCUUUACCGCGCUACAGCUCAACCACCCGGGCUUGCGGUUUGUGACAGUAGACGUCGACGCCGGGACCGCCGCGCUCUGCACCGGCUCGACGUCGCGGGCGCUGAUGAAGCGGUACAUGCUGAUCGAAAAGGUCAAGUCUGCCGAGGUCAUCGGCCUCCUAGUGGGCACCCUUGCCGUCGGCCCGUACCUGGAGAUGCUCGACGAGCUGCGUGCGCUCAUCGAGGCUGCAGGGCGGUCGUACUACACGUUCUGCGUGGGCAAGGUCAAUGUGCCCAAGCUCGCCAACUUUACCGAGGUCGACGUCUUUGUGGUCGUCUCGUGCCCACUGACUGCGCUCAUCGACUCGCGUGAGUACAUCAAGCCGCUGGUCACCCCGUUUGAGGCUUUUCUCGCCCUCACCCCGGGCGCCGAGUGGACCGGUGAGUACUCAACCGACUUUGAGCAGACACUUGCAGUCAUCGAGGCUGCCGAUGCGGCGGCCGACGGGCCGACCGGCGCUGCUGUUGACGGUGGAGCCGACGCCGACGCCGACGAUGACGGCGAGCACUUGGUCACCUCGCUCUCGUCCGGUUCGGGCAAGGCCUCGAUCCGUGCCUUCUCAAUCCGCAAGAAGCACGCCAAGGGAGCAAGCAGUGGCACCGCAGCCCGCUCCUCGGCGGCGGCCUCGUCCUCGGACGCCAUCAUCUCGCGGUCCGAGGCCAAGCGCCAGCUUGCCCAGACUGACGGGAGUGGCGCGGCGGCGGCGACGUUUGCGGCCCGGACCUGGCGCGGCAUCCAGGCCGACGGCAACGCUGCCGACGACGCGGAGGGCGAGAGCAACGCCCCGGCCAUGAUUGAGGCUGGCCGCUCAGGCCGCGCCGCAAAGUAUGCGGCCGAGGGCAGCGGCCUUGCUGGCAGCGAGUAGUACGGCCGGCUUUAUUGCUGUCUAGGCAUCAUUGCUGGCGGCGGCGGCGGCGGCGGCGGCAGCGGCCGACGUCGGCGGCGCACCGGCCGAGAUCUUGCGCACCUUUUUCGCCAGCUCGUCCUUGGCCAUCUGCUUCUCGAGCGUGGCGUGCACACCCUGCAGUGUCGGCGGCAGGUGCUGGUUGUCGGUCAGAAUCUGGGCGUCGACGAGCUCGUCCUUGUCCGGGCGGUCGCGGAGG